AUGACCAGACCCUGUACAUCUCUGUUUAAGGACUUGAACUCAUUAUUGUCAUGCAUAUCCCUCUUGCAGACCUGCAGUUGCCUAUUGGGAAUAGGCAAUGCCAGUGAGUUGAGUGAAUUUUUCCUUGUGGGCCUCACUGAUGAUUCUCAGCUUCAGCCCAUCCUCUUUGCCCUCUUCUUCAUCAUCUAUUCAUUCACAGUGGUUGGAAACCUGGGCAUCCUUGUUCUCAUUGUGGUCAGCUCCAGACUCCACACUCCCAUGUAUUUCUUCCUCAGUAAACUAUCCUUUAUUGAUUUCUGUUAUUCUUCAGUCACAGUCCCUAAAAUGUUGAUUGUGUUUUUCUCUGAUUGCCAAACCAUUUCCUUCUCUGGUUGUGUGGUCCAGACAAGCUGCUUUGUGAUCUUUGUGGUCACUGAGUUCUUCCUCCUGGCCUCCAUGGCCUAUGAUCGCUAUGUGGCCAUCUGCAACCCUCUGCUCUACCAUAUUAUCAUGUCCCCAAGGCUCUGUUUGCAACUAGUGGCUGCCAGCUAUGCAGUGGGCCUGACAAAUGCGGUGCUCCUCACUAGUACAAUCUUUCAUUUGACCUUCUGUAAGUCCCAUGUCAUCACUCAUUACUUCUGUGAAAUCCCUCCCCUUUUAAAACUCUCCUGCUCUGACACACAGGUCCUUCAGUUUCUCCUCUUUGCCUGUGGUGGUUUUAAUGUGUCUGUGUCCCUGACAAUAGUCCUGGCCUCCUACACAUGUGUCUUUUUGGCUAUCAUCAGAAUACCCUCAGCCCAGGGCAAACACAAGUCUUUCUCUACUUGUGCAUCCCACCUGAUAGCGGUCAGCCUAUACUAUGGAACCACAGUGUUCAUUUACUUGUGCCCAAUCUCUGAGUACUUAAUAGGCAGGGACAGGCUUGUCUCUGUAUUCUACACAAUGAUCAUCCCUAUGCUUAACCCUAUAAUAUACAGUUUGAGUAACAAAGAUGUGAAGGAAGCAUUUGGGAACAUUCUCAAGAAGACUUCAUAA